AUAUCCUGAUAUGGUAUUAAGCAAGUCCCUAUGUACGAGAGGCUAUAUGUUGGGCACCGUUUGUGUUCAUCAGCCCAUCACUCUUUUCUGUCUAUGUAGGUCAUGGCGGUUGCAGGUGCAAUGGUGAUGUCAGGUGGCGUGCUCCUUCUCCUCUUGGCUUUCACCUGCGCCGCCUACAAUGACGCCGGCGAGCUGCCGCCGAUCAGCCGGAGAAGCUUCCCCAAGGGGUUCAUCUUUGGGACGUCCUCGUCGUCAUAUCAGUUUGAGGGUGCCGCGGCGAAGGGUGGCAGAGGACCAAGCAUCUGGGACACCUUCACACAUCAGUAUCCAGACAAAAUCACCGACAAGAGCAACGGGGAUGGUGCUUGCAAUAGCUACCAUCUCUACAAGGAAGAUGUGCGCAUUAUGAAGGAGAUGGGAAUGGAUGCAUACAGGUUUUCCAUCUCGUGGUCAAGAAUUCUUCCAAAUGGAAGUCUCAGCGGUGGAGUCAACAGAGAAGGCAUCAACUACUACAACAAUUUGAUCAAUGAACUAUUAUCAAAAGAGGUCCAACCAUUUGCUACCCUAUUCCAUUUUGAUACACCUCAGGCACUGGAAGAUAAAUAUAAAGGAUUUCUUAGCCCUAAUAUCAUAAAUGACUAUAAGGACUAUGCUGAAAUAUGCUUCAAAGAGUUUGGUGACCGGGUGAAACAUUGGAUCACCUUCAAUGAGCCUUGGAACUUCUGCUCUAUGGGCUAUGCAUCUGGCACCAUGGCACCAGGCCGGUGUUCAUCCUGGGAGAAGGGAAAAUGCAGAGUUGGAGAUUCAGGAAGGGAGCCUUACACUGCAUGCCAUCACCAACUACUUGCUCAUGCAGAAACUGUUCGGCUUUAUAAAGAGAAAUAUCAGUUCACUGAAGAAGCUAUCAGGCAGUCGCCGUUCAUCCGUGAUAAUAAUUUAAAUCGAAGAUCUGCAAAGGCUUUACAAAAGGGGAGGAUUGGAAUAAUUUUGAACUCAGAGUGGUUUGUUCCUUUCUCCCAAUCCAAAUCCAGCAAUGAUGCUGCAAGACGUGUUCUAGACUUCAUGCUUGGAUGGUUUAUGGAUCCUCUCAUUAGAGGAGACUACCCACUAAGCAUGAGAGAAUUGGUUGGAAAUCGCUUGCCAGAGUUCAGCAAAGAGCAAUCUGAAAUGGUCAAGGGUGCAUUCGAUUUUAUUGGACUCAACUACUACGCUUCAAGCUAUGCUGAUAAUGAUCCUCCAUCAUAUGGCCAUAACAACAGCUAUAAUACUGAUUCCCAUGCUAAGAUUACUGGUAGUCGAAACGGGAUUCCCAUAGGGCCUCAGGCUGCUUCGUUUUGGUUUUACAUCUACCCUGAAGGGUUGCGUGAAUUGUUGCUUCAUAUUAAGGAAAACUAUGGCAAUCCUACCAUCUACAUCACUGAAAAUGGUGUUGAUGAAAUCAAUAAUAAGACCAUGCGACUCAAGGAGGCCCUGAAGGAUGAUAUCAGGAUUGAAUACUAUCACAAGCACCUUCUCGCCCUGCUAAGUGCUAUGAGGGAUGGAGCAAAUGUGAAGGGGUACUUCGCAUGGUCUCUGCUUGACAACUUUGAGUGGUCAGAGGGCUACACAGUUCGGUUUGGGAUAAACUUUGUGGAUUACGAUAACGGAAUGAAGAGAUACCCCAAGAACUCAGCCCGUUGGUUCAAGAAGUUCCUCCGGAAAUGAAACAGAGAUGGAAACAAAAGGUUGAAAAUAGUUGCGCACACUCCCUUUUUCUCAUUGAACAUCAAAAUAGUAUAUAAGCUUUAUGAGUUAAGUGCCAUAAAUGAAAUUAGUUCGUAAAUAAAUCUCACUCUCCUCUUCUUGCAUGUUUGCAUCUACUAUCUCUUAACUAUAUGUACAUAGCUAAGCAAAGGAUAAAUACCGUAUGGGCAUGUAUGUUUGUAUCCAAGAGGGAUGCUCUAAUGAAAGAUGGACAUGAGAAGUAGUUCUUCGCA